AUGUUCGUAACUAAAUCCUUCAAACGUUUGCAACCGGGUGGUGGCUGUAUUUCAAAUACACUGAGUAACGGUUAUGUUGCUCUCUAUAGUACAAAGGUUGACUUUUUUAACCGGAAGCGAGAACUCGUCAACUUCAGAAAUGCAUUCAGUGGUGACCCGCAACUUCAUGUUGUUCUAGGGCCUCCUAGCUCUGGAAAAACCGCCUUAGUCCGUCAAAUAACGAGUAAAGAUAAAUUAUUUAACCCUCUUUUUAUCAACUGCCGUAAAGGACAAUUCGACACACCAGCUAGAGUAUAUGAUUCAAUUUAUUCGCAAUUUCAUCCAUUUUUCGAUAAGUAUAAGGAUUCCUUGAAGCAAGUUGUAGGAGGAACACUCAACGCCGGAUAUACUGGUCUUAGCGUAGGAUAUGAAGUUGGUGGAGCUAGCGCAACUACUUCUAAUGAUGUCACAAGACUGCUUGAUAAUAUUAAUACUUAUCUUCCAAACUGGACCUUUUGGAAUGGGCACAAUAUACCUCCACCUAUUUUGAUUAUUGAUGAAGCAAAUAUGUUUAGCCAGCUUGCGAAGAAUGAUGGAACUCUUCUCAAAUCAAUUCUGAACUGGCUGGUGUUAAAUACAAAAGAAGAAGAACGCUUCCACGCUGUGCUUACCUCUUCCGAUUCAUUCUUUUUUAACUGGAUCGAAAAUCUUUUGCAUAUCCCACAUGCAACUCCAUAUGUUGUUGGAGAUUUGAGUAAGGAAGAAGCCGAAGAAUAUUUUGAAAAGCGUGUUCUUCCUAAACAUGAAUGCAAAGAACUCGAAGGCAAAUUUGACCAUGUCCGCAAAAUAACGGGUACACGCAUGCUAAUUAUUGAUAGGUAUGUUAAAGAAUACCAAAAUUUCAAAGGAAAGCUUGCAGUUAGUGAUUUUUCAGUUUACGGAUCAGAAUAUUCGAAGUUGAAAGCUGGUCUCCAUCCUAAUAAAUUGAAAUAUUCAGAUAAGCCCAAUCUACCACUUUGGAAAGAUAGUGAUUUAAUCAAAACCAUGAAAGCAAUAGUAGAAGCAGAGAAUCAGGGAUAUAUUUUAGAAGAUGACUUGAUUAAUGAAAUUGGUUCUGAACAAGUCGAUUCGCUUGUAGAUUAUAAUUUUUUACACUGUAGACCAGUCUCAACCUCAAAAUAUGCUAACGACAUUAACCCACCAGAUAAAAUAAUUCUGACUGCGAUGAAUCAGCCAUCAGUGCGCGCGAUGGAGCAAAUCUUAUCUGAGGUUAAUUCUAACAAAAAAUAA